AUGUCUAACAACAUGGCCAAGAUCGCGGAAGCCCGCAAAACAGUAGAGCAGCUAAAGCUGGAGGUGAACAUCGACCGCAUGAAGGUGUCGCAGGCGGCGGCCGAGCUGCUGGCUUUCUGCGAAACCCACACCAAAGAUGACCCGCUGGUGACACCCGUCCCCGCCGCCGAGAACCCCUUCCGUGACAAGCGCCUCUUCUGCGUCCUGCUCUGA